UUGUCCCCCUGGGCACACCCGGGCUAGUGUCCAGCCUCUGUCACCAGCACCCCCAGGGCCUUUCCUAAUCCUUUCCAGCCCCUCUGUCCCAGCCUGGAGCUGCAGGGGGUUGUUGUCACCUAAGGACAGGACCAAGAGCUCUUUGAGCUGCCACAUUCCCCUCCCUCCAUCAUUUUGUGGGGGAAAAGUAUCCUUUAGACUAAAAAUCACACAGGACAUCACACAAGAGGCGAUUUUGUCCCAGGGUUUGUUGUCCUUCCACCCUUCCCACCUGUGAAAGGAAAAGAAAAAUGGGAUGACCUGCCAAGCCCGAAGCUCCUACAUCACGAGCGAGAUCCUCUGGGGUUAUCGCUUCACCCCCGUCCUCACCCUGGAGGACGGGUUUUAUGAGGUUGACUACAACAGUUUUCAUGAAACCUAUGAGACCAACACCCCAGUUUACAGUGCCAAAGAGCUGGCAGAGAUGGCCAGCCGAGCAGAACUGCCCCUCACGUGGUCCGUUUCCAGCAAGCUGGACCAGCACGCGGAGCUGGAAACCGAGGAGGAGGAGAAGAAUCAGGAAGACCAAAAUGAAAGAAACGGUGACGUGGCCAACUUAGAGAGCGAGUCCAAAGUGUAGAACCAACAGAGGCCCAAAGGCCAUGUCACCUCCUUUGUCUUCUCCCUCUUGGCUCUUGGUUUCUUUCUGCGACACGCCUUUAAUUCUUUUUUUUUUCCUUCCUGCGAUUCUCAAUCCCUGGAAAAUAAAUACUCCAGAUGCGAAAUAUCGGCCUACCCGAUUCCGGCUCCAGAGAUUCACAGACUCCGAGGCGUGGGGUAAAGCUGCAAUACCCACUGGGGAUGGUGGAAUCUCCAUCCCCACCCUGGCAGUGACUGCUGGUUCCACCUCUCCGGGGUCAGACACCUCCAGGUUUAUCCACCACAAAAAAACCCACCACAAUUCAAGGGAGAUACAAGC